UCGUUUUUUAUUUUGUGUAAAUCUCGACAGUAAUACUCCGUCAAUAAUUCACGGUCGACAUUAAAGCGUCCCCGGGUCUACAAAUCAACGGCGCCAAAUGAUGAGUUCGCUUCACCUCGCCAAUAACGCGCUCUUCUGCAAAUACCAACAAUCCGCCGCCGCUCUGCUCCUCACAGACUCCUCAACUUCUCCCUCCCCGUCCUCCUCCUCCUCCUCCUCUGCUCCUCCUGAAAUGUCUUCCUCGUGCGCCCUCGCCUCCAGUGGAUACCACCACCAUCAUGUCUCCAGUGGGAGAAGCAGCGGAAGACUCUCCUUUCCUCCUCCCUCCUCCAUCUCGGCGUCUUCUUCACCUUCCUCCUCCCUUCCCUCCUCCUCCUCAACUUCCUCGUGGUUGUGUUUGUCUCUUUCGGGACUGAGCGGGGUUACUCAGCCCGGCGCGCGUCCUCCGAACCCCGCAGAAAUACGCGCAGGAAGAGGCGGAGAGCUCCCACCGGGAGCCAUGCCACUGUGCGCCUCUCUGCAGAGAUGCGCCGCGGAGCGAUUUCCCGGUCCGACUCAGCUCUGCUCUCCGGCCGUCAGACAUCCCGAGGCGGCCUUAAGGAUGCAGCAGCAGCAGCAGCUUUACCAAGACAGCCUCCAGAUUUACCCCUGGAUGAGGAGCUCAGGUGCGGAUGGGAGACGCGGCCGCCAGACAUACACGCGCCACCAGACGCUGGAGCUGGAGAAAGAGUUCCACUUCAGCCGCUACCUCACGAGACGUCGGAGGGUCGAGGUGGCGCACGCGCUCCGCCUCACCGAGCGGCAGAUCAAGAUCUGGUUCCAGAACCGGAGGAUGAAGUGGAAGAAGGAGAAGCGGGAGAAGACGGAGAGCGACGGCGGCGGCGGCGGCGGGUUACUGACGGCAGCGGAGGCCGGAGAAGAAGAGGAAGAGGAAGAAGAGCAGGAGGCGGAUGAAGAAGAGGAGUGAUAAGGAAACAGAAUUUUACAACACAUCCAUUGUGUUUUUUAAACAAUGGAGAGAGAGAGAGAGAGAGAGAGAUCAUAUUCAUAUUUGACUGAGGUUCAAUCUAUGUGACGUCAUCCAAUCUGCAACACAAUAAAGGGGAAGAUAACGUGUCCAUGCAUUGAAUAAUAAUCCAUCAGAUCUAAUCUGUGGACACCACAUUCAUAUAGAACACGUGAUAAUAGAGAAUACAUUAUAGUAGUAGUUUUGUAUUAUUAUUGUUUCGAUAUUAGUGGACUCAGUUGUCUGUCAUCGUCCGACCAUGGAUUUUCUCACUGCACUGUCUGUGGACAAGAAAGAAAGAAAGAAAGAAAGGAAGAAAGAAAGAAAGAAAGAAAAUAAACGUGUGUAUAUCUGGUAGAAAUGCACUAAACACGUGAUUUAUUUCCGUGUAAACAGAACAUGGUUAUAAAGACAUUUUCUCUGGUCAGAAAUACAUUAGCAUCAAUAUUAGCUACAAAUGUGCACAUUAAUUGCACUUGUUUUGACUUUGAUUGUUCCCACGUGAUUGUAUAUUGAUUUAAUCAGCCUGUGUGUCACGUGACUGAGUUUUAACGAAAUGUAACUGGAUUGUUUUUUUUAUUCAUAAAUUCAAUGUACAUUUAAAAUAUACAUGUGUUUGUGAAAGUGAAAGGGAAUAUUUAGGAUGCUGGUUUAUUCUUCUCUCCUCUCUCUGUUGUGUGUGUUUGUUUAUUCUGUGGAUGUUGAUGUCCUCCUUCUCUUGUGUGUAAUUAAUAUAGUAAUAAAUGUAUAAACGCUCGUUCUGAAACACUCUGAAAAGCUCGUGGAUGAGUCCCUGUGGUUCUGCGUGGAAAUAUCAAAGGUGCGACACACACAUCAGAGGUGCAGGCUAAUGUUACAGCAGCUAUCCUGUUCCACUGUCAGUCACCCUCUGUGCUCUGAAGCUGCGACUUCAACAUGUGGUUUUAUAAAUCUGGAUUAAAGUGUCUGGAGAAAUCCAAGCUUCAA